UGUAAUUUCUAUUUCAUAUGUAUAUGUCGGGGUUUGUUUCAGCUAAGAAGAAUUAAGAAAUCAGAUGCUACUUUGUCUGGUGAGCUCACACCAUAUAAUAUUAUUCCCCUGGAAGCACCGUCAUUGACCAAUGCUAUUGGAGUUUUCCCGGAGGUUAAAGGGGCCAUAUCUUCUAUAAGGUAUAAUGAUAGCUUUCCCAGACUUCCUGCUGCCUUUGAGAUUCCUGGCCACCGGGAUGCAGACAUGUUUGAUCUUCUUGAAUUUGUCUUUGGUUUCCAGAGUGACAACAUAAAAAAUCAGCGUGAAAAUGUUAUUCUUUUGGUUGCAAAUUCGCAAUCUCGUCUAGGACUUCCAGAUGAACGUGAUCCUAAAAUAGAUGAAAAAGCUGUAAAUAUGGUUUACAAGAAAGUGUUGGACAAUUAUUUUAAAUGGUGCAAGUAUUUGCGGAUACGGAUGGCAUGGAAUAGUUCUGAUGCAAUUACCCGGGAGAGGAAGCUCUUUUUAAUAUCGUUGUACUUUCUUAUUUGGGGGGAGGCUGCCAAUGUCCGUUUUCUCCCGGAAUGUAUUUGCUACAUAUUCCACAAUAUGGCGAAGGAGCUAGAUGCAAUCUUGGACCGUGGAGAAGCAUGUGUGGCAGAAAGUUGUAAAUUGGAAAAUGGCUCAGUCGCCUUUCUUGAGCAAAUCAUACACCCUAUAUAUGAGACAAUAGUUAAGGUGGGUGAUCGAUCGGGGGAACAAAAGGGAGAUUAUUUAGAGUUGUCAUCCACUUAGCAUAUGAUUAGCUUCUGCUGGAACUCUGAAACAUUUAAUUAAUUAGUAAUGUUUAAUGAACAAUU